GCUUUGCAGGAUGUCCGUGAGUCAGAGCAGGUGAGUGAAGGCAGCACACACCUGUAACUCAUUAGGAGUCUGUUGUUUCCAGCCAAGCCUCAACUUUAACGAACGCAACAUGCUUUGUUUUGCUGGAAUUAGAAAGAAAAUGAACUCUUUCGAGUUUUCAGUCACCUUUUUCAUACUGGUGUCUCAAACCAUAUCGUAUGGAUUUUGUGAAGAUAUUUCCUUCUCAAUAUGCUGGAUGAGCAAGGACGACUCCCUCGAAAGCCAAAAUGGAAACAUAUGGCUCAAUGAAACGGCACUCAAAUCAAUCAGGAGGGGAGGUAAACUCAUCUCCCUGGUGGUGCCCCCGGGUGUAGAAAACAAGCUCACGCUUCAGUACGGAGGCUCCGUGGUGGUAUGGACUUUUAAAAUCACACCAGGGAUAAAGUUCACUCAAGUCAGAGGCAUGCAGAAACCCAAACCACUACCAACAAGUGGCACUCAGGCCUUCCUGAAGUCGAUGAGCCCCGCUGAGGUGUUUGCGUGUGAAAAUGGCACGUUCUACUUCCACCAAGAGGAAAACUUCUUCCUUGCAUUUGGCCACACUAUGCGUCCCCCCAUCAAGCUCCAGUCCAGGUCUCCCUCCAUGCUGCUGGUCUCCUGGGUGAAGAACCCCCUGGCUGUCAGCGACAGCCACAAUAUCACCCUGUACCAAACAGAAGUGGGCUCCUAUAGCACUCUCACCGCGGACACUACCACCAACAACCACUACCGCUUCAGAUAUCUGGACUCCUGCAGCCGCUACGUGGCCUGUGUGGAGAUCGCAGGCACUCUCUCCUUCACCUGCCUCUCGACUAUUACUGACCCAGACAUCCCCAAGGACUUUGAGAUGACGUCGUGGAACAGCAGCAGCAUAUCUUUGGCCUGGGAAAGUCCUGAGAACCGCAAGUUCUCCCUCUUCCUCCUCACCGCCUUCUACCUCAAUGGAACGGACCACGUCACAGAGGAGGUGCCCCUGUGGCACGAGGCGGGCGAUUUGGUGUUCGUCUUGUCGGACCUGCAGCCCUGCACCAGGGUUAGGUUUGGCCUGCAGACAGUUUGCCGGGCCGGGACGGAGUCCCGCUACAGCAAGAUGGUCCUGAACGAUGGAAACUCCCCUCACUCCAGCAUCGAGGCCUUGUGUCAGACAUCAUUUGGCCCCGAUAACUACACCCUGAGCUGGGAGGUGAGGAACAUCUCGUCCAUCUCCAACUUCAGAGUGUACCAGGACGGCGUGCUGCAGGGCACCACCCUCGUCACCAGCUACACUGUGCAGGGACUUCUGCAGUGCCAGCAGUACCAGGCCAAGGUGGAGGCGCUGUGUGGCGACGGCGUGCUCAUGAGCGUGAAGACGGUCACGGCGCACACAGGAGCCAGCCGUGUGUCUGGGCUCAGGUACCGCUCCAACGACUCCACCGCCCAGUGGCAGCCCAGCGCCACGCACCACCCGGCCGUGGCCUUCCUAUACGAGCUGUCUCUGGAGAACGGCACCACCCUACAGAGCAGCCGUGUGACUGACACAGAGCUGCACCUCCCGGGGCUGGAGGAGGGGAAGACCUACGUCCUCGACGUGUGGGAGCAGUGUGACGGACAGUGGGAGUCAGAACAUUCUCACAUGUGUUUCAAGGGGGCCAAUUCGUCCGUAGGGCUCCUUCUGAGGGCCAUUGGCACUGCUCCGAACCGAGAGCUGGAUUUGGAGCUGGAUAUUGCCUAUAGCAUGGGUCUCAUAGUGGUGGUGCCCUGGUCCCUGCCUGAGGAUCUACAGGACGCUAUGUCGGAACCAAGAGCCAGGAUUGGAAAGAUUUUUAAAGAUAAGCUGCAGGAGCUGUUGAACGACUACAGUCAGCCGGCCCGCAUCGAGCUGGCCGCCUUUGAACCUGCCGACGAGCCAAACAAAACGGAGAUUCUGUUCACGUCUUUCGAUGCAACCAACACUGAGGAAGACGUGCCCCUGUCCGUUGAAGAUCAGCUGGACUACAUCCGCUCCCUGAAUACAACCGACUUCGUGGUCAAAGAUGGGCUCAUUUACUGGGACGGUCCAGAUCUGUGUGCUUUCUCCAUACAGAGUUUGUGUCCCCGUAAUUCUCUGUGCAUCAACACUCCGGGCUCCUACACCUGUGUGUGCCGACAGGGCUACUACGAUGUGAGUUCCUUCAUCAAGCCUUCGGCUUCGCAUCCAGUCUGCAAUGAAAAAGGCCUUUUCAGCCAGUGUCUGGAUAGAAUGGUGACUGGCGGGAUAGCGAAGGCCUACCUGACUUCACACAUGGGGGGAGAGGUUGACGUGAGGAUGAACGAUGGGAGGUGCGCCGUGGAGGAGAGGGGCGCGUUCUACUACUUCAGCGCCUCGCGAAAAUCCUCCGAAUGUGGAACUGAGAGGCGGGUGAACAAAACCCACAUUGAGUUCCAAAACACGCUGACCGUGAACCUGAGCAGGGUGCACACCAUCAGCCGGCGCGAUAUGAAAGUCGUCUGGAAGUGUGUGUAUCCACGACAUUACAUACGCAACACUCAAGUCGGCGUGAACAUGGAGUGGGUCUCCACCCUCUCCCUGGUGGAGUUCAACUCCUCCGUUCAGCUGGGGCUGACCAUGAGCCUGUACACUGAUGAGUCCUACGCCGACAGCUACAGCUAUGCCAUAACCCUGGAGCGCGAGGACUCGCUGUUCCUCCAGGUGGCCCUGCAGACCAACAACUCCUUUGCCUCAGACGUGCUCCUGCAGGUGGACUCGUGCUGGGCCACUGAGAGCCCCGACCCACAGGACAGCAUCCAGGGUCUCCUGCUCCAGGACGGCUGUCCCGUUGACCAGACGUUCCACUGGCUCUCUGUUAACGGCCGGGCACAGAAGAGCAGGUUUUCCAUUCAGAUGUUCACCAUGCCCCAAAGGUUGCCCGUCUACAUCCACUGCCUGGCCAACAUAUGUGGACACGACGAAGACUGUGUCAAGAACUGCAACAGCCAGCAGCGCACCAAGAGGUCAGCGAGCCAGACGGACAGAUCGGGGAGACGAGCCGCGGUCGUGUCUGCUGGACCCGUGGUGGUCAAUGAGAGGGUGAAGGCAGGAGGCUCACCAUCUUUCUGGGCAGAACACACAAUCUCCAUCAUGGCUGGAACAAUAGGCUUUUUAGGACUAACUGUUCUCUCAGUGAGUUCAACCAAAGCGAUCAUGACAUACUAUGAAAGACUGCGGCUCAAAUAAACUGCUUGAAACCA